AUGUCUUACAGAACACAUCGAGAUGUCGGAGACGUUGAGCGACGAGAAGCUCAAUACAACGCUUCAAUCUCGGCGGCAACGGUGGGGUUUGGUAAAGGUCUUGCCUUGUCAGCACCAACCGCCUACCUCCUCAACCGAUCCUGGCCUGCAUUCCGCAACCUCACUCCGGCUAUCAAGGUCUUCUUCGUCUCCUCCAUCGCCAUCGGAUCAGGUGUUAUCGCAGCCGACAAAGCAGGUAUCGCCUUCGAUCAGGCCCACUACACCGACGCUGGUGCCGCCGUUCAACGUAGAUACCAAUCCCGAGAAGAACGACAAUGGUCCGAACUCUCCUCUCGCGAUAAGGCACUCACGUGGGCCAAGGAGAACAAGUUCGCCGUCGUCGCUGCCACUUGGGCUACUAGCAUGGGUGGUAUCUUUGCCUACAUUCACACACAACCCAUGAGCUUUGCCCAAAAGCUGGUUCAAGCACGUGUAUGGGCUCAGGGGAUCACAUUGGCCAGUUUGGUAGGAAUGGCUGCCAUCACACAGAUUCCAAGUGCAGGCGAUAAAAUCAUCAAGCAGCACAAGGAGGCUGCCGACCACAGCUGGAGAGAGUUUAUUCCUAAAGAGCCAGCUAAGGACACUGUCUCUUCUCAGUAA